CCCAACCCCUCCACCAAAACUGCCAUAGCCUACCUUUGCCAAGCUUGCUUUUUCUACUCCGAGAUCGGAUUAUUCCUUACCAACAAACAAAACUAACACGGAUAACUCGCACAGUCCGGCUUCUGCUGCUAGCUGCUGCACAACGGACUCUCACAGCUAGCUAGCCCGGCGGCCGGCCGGCUCUCGCAGCCAUGCAGACGCAGUCCCGCCUCGGCGGCAGCGGCAGCAGCAGCUCGGCGUCGGAGGACGAGCACGAGGCGGUGAUCCGCGAGCUGACGCGGGGCCACGAGCUGACGGCGCAGCUGCGGGCGGAGGCCCUGCGCGCGCUGCGCGGGCAGGGCCAGGCCGAGGCCACCGCCGCAUUCAUCCUGCAGGAGGUGUCCCGCGCCUUCACCGUCUGCCUCUCCAUCAUGAGCUCGCCCGCCCGCGCCCCGCCGUCGACGUCCCAACCUCCGCCGCCGACGAUGGAAAUAAUGGCGCCCGCCCUGCUGGCGCCGCCGCGCCGGAGCCGGGACGACAGCAUGCCAAGAGAGCAAAGGAGGACAUCCUCGCCGCACUGCGAUGGGUACCAGUGGAGGAAGUACGGCCAGAAGAGGAUCACCAAGACGCAGUUCCCGAGGUGCUACUUCAAGUGCAGCUUCCACCGCGAGCGCAACUGCCGGGCCACCAAGCAGGUGCAGCAGUGCAGCAACGACGACCCGCCCCAGUACGUCGUCAUCUACUUCAACGAGCACACGUGCGACGACACGGCGGCCUGGGAUCCUACUCCCACGGUGCCGCUGGACGACCUGUCAUCCGGGCUGCUGGUGGCACGCCAGGCCGGCUCGCUGCUGCUGGACGAACGCGGCGUCCAGGAGGAGCACGAGCGCCGGCUGCUCGUCUCGUCGCUCGCCUGCGUGCUGGGGGCCCAGCAGCAGCAGUCUCCUGCCGGCAGCGGAACCACCGCCGCCGUUAACGUGGGGCAUGAGCAGGACCAGGAGCCGCCGCCGCCGCGGGCCCGCACGCGCGACGACGCGCCUGCGCCUGCGCCUGCGCCUGCGCCUGCGGGCGUUGACGACGACGCGCCCGGUGAGAUGCCGCGCAGCAUCAUUGACGUGGACGUGGCGGGGCUGGAUGUCAUGGACUACUAUGUGACGGACGCGCUGUGUUUCCGCGAUUCCUACGACCUACCUAGCGACGGUUUUUCGUUUUGAUGAGAGCGCAGCACAUGCAUCUUCUCGCGAAACCGGGUAUUACGUGUCAGGCCCGAGAUAGUUUAAUCGGACGAGACGGCCGGGUCACUGAACCGUGAUCUAUAAUGACUGCUACAGAUAUAUACAUAGAGCGUAUGCGUACGUACCGCGUCGUCAUAGAACACUACUGUAAUAGUACUAUAUCUAUCUAUAACUAUGUCUAUACUUGCAGUAGCUUACAGCCGGGGUUUGCGUCUCUCCAGUUAAGUUUUGGUCAGGCUGGUGUGAUUAAUUUGCAAGUGCCUGAUUUGUUAAUCAGCACGUAUACUUAGUAUGUAGAACUAUCAAUUGAUGCAGUUCCAUUUUUUUUUGUUUCACUAUUACUAGUGUGCAAUGUUUUACAUGUACCACUAUAUAUGUAUAUUCUUAAAUUUUUGUCAA